CCAGUACCUUCCUGCCAGAGGAGGCAGCUGUUGUCUCCUCGGGGGCGCCUUCUGCAUCGACGCCUCUAAUUCGGACAAACAGAACUUGGCAGAGGACCAAGGGGAUCCUUCCUGUGUCUUGGAGGCUUCCUGAGAGAACACAUGGAUGAGCAAGACUCAGCUGGCCUUGAAGCAGGAAGAGGCCAGGCCAUGGAAACUGGGAGCAGUGGAGGAUUCUGGGAAAACUCUGUGCAGAAGAUCCUGGGCAAGGAGGACACCCUUCGCUCAGAGGCGCAGAGCCGGCAGUUUAGGGAGUUCUGCUACCUGGAAGCCAAAGGACCCCGAGAGGUUUGCAGCGAACUCUACCACCUUGACUGUCAAUGGCUGAAGCCGGAAAGGCACACGAAAGCUGAGAUGCUGGACCUGGUGAUCUUGGAGCAGUUCCUGGCUGUCCUUCCCCCGGAGAUGGAGUGCUGGGUGAGGGAAUGCGGAGCGGAGACCAGUUCCCAGGCGGUGGCCCUGGCUGAAGGUUUCCUCCUGAGUCAGGCAGAGGAGAGGAAGCAGGUGGAGAAGCAGGCAAAGGAUCCGUUUGCUGAAAUGGGUUCUGAUUCCUCUGAAGUAGAGAAGUCUCUGUUGGACACCAGAGAUAAGCCACUGGGUGAAAGAAGGAUGCCGGCAAGACCUCCUCAUCCAUCUCUUCAUCAUCCUGGUGGAGGGGAAGCAGCGGCAGAGGAACCGGAUCAGGGUCUAGUGUGCUUUGAAGAUGUCACUGUUCGUUUCACGGAGGAGGAGUGGGCGUUGCUGGAUCCUGACCAGAGAGCUCUGCAUAAGGAGGUUACAGAGGAGAAUCGUGGUAUCCUGGCCUCUCUCAGUGGUGAUGAAUUGGAAAUUAAUAACCAGCAAAUCCAUGACAAAAUCCACACAGUGGAGAACCCAUAUCAAAAUGUGGAGUGUGGAGAGAGCUCCCAUUCCUCAUCCCAUCCAAGAAAUCCCAUUGGGAAGAAAACGUAUCAGUGCUUGGAAUGUGGGAAGAGCUUCCGUCAGAGGUCCCAUCUCACGGCCCAUCAAAGAAUUCACACAGGGGAGAAACCCUAUCAGUGCUUGGAAUGUGGAAAGAGCUUCAACAUGAAACAAAAUCUCACUACCCAUCAAAGAAUUCAUAAAGGAGAGAAACCUUAUCAGUGCUUGGAAUGUGGGAAGAGCUUCAGUACAAAGGCCUAUGUCACUUCCCAUCAAAAAAUCCAUACAAGGGAGAAACCAUAUCAGUGCUGGGAAUGUGGAAAGAGCUUCGACUGGAAAUAUAAUCUCACUUCCCAUCAAAGAAUUCAUACAAAACCUUAUCAGUGCUUGGAAUGUGGAAAGAGCUUCAGUGAAAGCAUCAAACUCACUGCCCAUCAAAUAAUUCAUACAGGGGAGAAACCAUUUCAGUGCUUGGAAUGUGGAAAGAGCUUCAGUCGGAGCGACUCUUUCACUUUCCAUCAAAGAACUCAUACAGGGGAGAAACCCUAUCAGUGCUUGGAAUGUGGAAUGAGAUUCACACAGAAGGGAAGUCUCACUUCCCAUCAAAGAACUCAUACCUGGGAAAGUCCACAUAAAUGCUUGGAAUGUGGAAGGAGUUUUAGUCAGGACUCCUAUCUCAUUUCCCAUCAAAUAAUUCAUACAAUGGAGAGACCAUAUAAAUGCUUGGAAUGCGGAGAGAGUUUUAGUCAGGAGUCCUUUCUCACUUCCCAUCAAAGAACUCACAGCAGGAAGAAUCAGAUUCCCCUUGAAUCAUUGAAUUGUUGCAUUGGACUGGAUGGUGAGAGUCAUCUUCUCCAACCCCCUGCAACACAGGAUAUUCAAGAAAAGCAUUGUGACAGGAGAUUGCUGGCAAGACCUCUUCCUCCAUCUUUUCUUGGUGGCAGUGGGGAAGCAGCAGCUGUAGAAGCAGAUCAGAAGUAUUGGAGCCUCAGCUUCAGGAUCUGUCCUUCCAGUGAGCACUCAGGGCUGAUUUCCUUCAGAAUGGAUAGGUUUGAUCUUCUUGCAGUCCAUGGGACUCUCAAGAGUCUCCUCCAGCACCAUAAUAGGCUCAGCCUAUUCAUACAAAAAUACGCCCUUAAGACAGAUGGUGAUGAAUUAGAAAUGAAGAACGAGGGAGACCAUGACGAAAUCCCCACAGAGGAGAAACCAAGUAAAUAUUUGGAAUGUGGAAAGAGCUUUAGUCAAAGCUCCCAUUCAACUUCCCAAAGAAGGACUCCCAUUGGGAAGAAACACUAUCAGUGCUUGGACUGUGGGAAGAGCUUCAAUCAGAGGGGUCAUCUCACUAUCCAUGAAAGAAUUCAUACAGGGGAGAAACCAUAUCAGUGCUUGGAGUGUGGAAAGAGCUUCAGUUACAGGUGCAGCCUCAGUUCCCAUCAGAGAAUUCACACAGGGGAGAAACCUUAUCAGUGCUUGGAAUGUGGAAAGAGGUUUAUUCGGGGGGAACAACUCAUGGUCCAUCAAAGAAUUCAUACAGGGGAGAAACCUUUUCAGUGCUUGGAAUGUGGAAAGAGCUUUAGUCAAAGUGCCACUCUCACUUCCCAUCAAAGAAUUCAUACAAGAGAAAAACCUUAUCAGUGCUUGGAAUGUGGCCAGAGCUUCAAUUGGAAAUAUAAUCUCACUUCCCAUCAAAGACUUCAUAGAAGAGAAAAACCUUAUCAGUGCUUGGAAUGUGGCCAGAGCUUCAGGGAAAGCGCCAAGCUCACUUCCCAUCAAAGAAUUCAUACAGGGGAGAAACCUUAUCAGUGCUUGGAAUGUGGAAAGAGCUUUAAACAGAAGGGAGGUCUAACUUCCCAUCAAAUAAUUCAUACAGGGGAGAAACCAUUUCAAUGCAGGGAAUGUGGGAGGAGAUUCACUCAUAGUGGCAAUCUCACUUCCCAUGAAAGAACACAUACCUGGGAGAGCCCAUAUAAAUGCUUGGACUGUGGAAGAAGUUUUAGUCAGGACUCUUAUCUCAUUUCUCACCAAAUAAUUCAUACAGGGGCAAGACCAUAUAAAUGCUUGGAAUGUGGAAAGAGUUUUAGUCAGGAGUCCUAUCUUACUUCCCAUCAAAGAACUCAUAGUGGGGAGAAUCACAGUCUCCUAGAUUCUUUGAGCUGUAGCAUUGGACUGGAUGGUGAGGGUCAUCUUCUCCAACCCCCUGCAAUGCAGGAUAUUCAACAAAACCAUUCAUGACAGAUGGCCAUCCAAUCUUUGCUUUAAAACCUUCAAUUCCAGAAGAGUCCACCACCACCUGAACUUGUUGGCUACACAAUCAAACAGUCAGAAAUUAUUUCUGAUGUAUACUCAGAAUCUCCUUUCUUCAAUUCAUUGGUUUUGGUCCUUCCACCAGAACAGGAAAAAAGCAAGCUUGCUCCCUCUUCCAUGGCAUAGCUCUUUAGAUAUUGGCAGAGGGCUAUCACAUCUCUUUCUCAAUCUUCUCCAUGAUAAACAUCUGAAGGGUUUCCAAACCCUUGGUCACCUUGGUCUCCCUCGUCUGCACACAUUCCAGUUUAUCAGGGAUGAAGCUGGUUCAGAAUCUGGCACAAAAGGUUUGGCACCAGAGACAUAAAAGCCAUUGUGGAGAUACAAAGGAAGCAGCUAGCAAAAGGGAUGGAGAUGGUAAUCCAAAAUGCAUCAUCCGUAAUGAAGUGCAUAAACUCUGUUCCUGAGAGGAAGCUGAAACCUUCUUUCCCGCCAUGUAUGCAACAUAACUUUCCUGCAUUUCAAGGGGUUUGACUAACUAAAGGACCCUCUGUGCUCCUUCCAACUCUACAAUUCUAUGAUUCUAUUAUCCUGUCUUGAUGCAGUUUAGAAUAGCAUUAGCCUUUCUUUGUUGGUGCUUCACACUUGACAUAAGAGCCCUAGAUGCUUUUUAUGUGUACUUCUGGCUAUCUAGUUGUCCCCCAUCUUAUAUUUUUGCAGCUGGUUGUGCCUGCCUAAAUGUACAUCCUGACAUUUGUCCUUAUUGAAAUUCAUUAAUUGCAUUCAUAUAACACCCUUCCCUUGAAGGUGGUGUUAUACGGUUCUUCCCCAUCUCAUUUAAUGCUGACUGUAUCAUCCUGUGAGGUAAGUUUGGCUGUGAAGCAGUGCCUGGCCUCCAAGGUCACACAGUGAGCUUCAUGGCUGAGUGGGGAUUUGAACCCAGGUCUGCCAGGUCAUAGUCCGGCACACUAACCAAUAUAUCACACUAGCUCUAUAAUGAAACUCUCAAAGUGUGCAUGCAUUUUGUAUUCUUAUAUUGUAUUUUUACACCAUGAAUCGCCCUGAGAUCUUUGAAUGAUGGGUGGUAUAAUAUUUUACAAACAGCCAAAUAAAUAGAUAAAAUUAAAGUAGUUAGAAACAAUCCAUAAAAAAUACACAACAAAACUGAUGAAUAGCCACAUAAAUCACAAGAAGAUAUAAAGAUACAAAUUCCAACCUCAGAACGCCCGACCAAACCUCCUAAGUCCAAGGGUUUAUGCAGCAGCCUCAGCUUUUGUAGCUGGAGUCAGUUCAUCCACCAGUCACUUGUGAAAAGGCCUACAAGGCAGGGAGCAGGUCUUCCAGGACUCAUGGCCAAGAUGGUGUCUGGCUUUUUCAAUAGAGACAGUUGGAGUGGGGAGUGAGGGGCUGGUAGCAGGGUUGGUUAGAGCAGUAGAAUAGGAACAGCAUAAUAAUGCCCUUUGUUUCAGUUUUAAUAAAGUAACAAAACAAAAAAAGGAACAGGAACAUCUGAAAGCACAUGCUUAUGUACACAAAGUUACCAGGAACUUCUUAUUAUUUAAUAAAUCGGUUAUACUCCAGAUGCAUCAUUCCUUGGUAUGUUGGUUGUGAAGUGUUCAGAUAAGAGUCCUCAGGGGUGGCAGCGGGAAUAAUGGGUGGUGGUGGUGGUGAAAGACCCAGAAAAGACUGAGCUCACAGCUGUGGCCCUUGAAUACAGUGGGAAGGUGGCACAGGAGGGUGUGGGCCCAACAUGGGGAGACAAACUCAGCCUCUGAAUGGUACAUUCCAAAGUGUUGCUUCAUAAAAAGAAACUCUUACAACAUACCUCUGAGGUGAACCAGUAGCAUUACCCCAAUAAUAAUAAAAAUUCCUUCAGUAGCACCUUAAAGACCAACUAAGUUUUUUAUAAUGCUACUGUUACUUCACUGUCUUUCUCUUAGUUCUGGCAGGUGUAGCAGUCCAAUAAUCCUUUGGACCAGCCCAGGUUCCUUCAUAGCCUCCUCCUUUGGCUCCUUUU